AUGAAGUUCAAAUCAAUUGCGCUGUCUUUGCGUGUAUUUGGCGUGCGUCGUGGACUCCUACCAUCGUCUCCAGAUGUUGUGGUCGACAUUUUUCCUCUGGAUCAGACCCCAGAGUGUACACUUGCUGUUGAUCCCGCCUACAAAAUGGCGCGCACUGAAAGCGCAUGCCGGCUUAAAUUAUUACGAGCCGAUGUACCCGCCGAACAAUUACCAGCCGGAUGUUCCAUCAGCGAUCUGCAGCCGGCUGUAAAUGUCAAGGAAAAGAUCGAGGUUAACGGUGAAUCUCGUCUUGUGCAAAAGAAAAAAACUAUCUAUCCAGAAUGGGAAAAGUGCUGGGAUACUGCCGUUACUGAAGGACGAAUACUUCAAAUUGUGCUGAUGUUCAACAACACACCGGUUGUCGAAGCUACAAUGCGGUUAGAGGAUAUCGUUUCCAAGUGCAAGAGCGAUUCAAUCACCCAUAUCUGGAUUAACACGAAGCCUGUUGGGCGAAUACUCGCACAGACACGACAUCUAAAACAAGCUGAUGAAGACGACAAUCCAGUAGAGGACACAGCGAUGGCCACUCGAUCGACGUCCGGCCCUGGAUUGCAGCGACGACGAGGUGCAAUCAAACAUGCUCGAGUUCAUGAGAUACGUGGACAUCAAUUUGUCGCGACGUUCUUCCGACAACCGACAUUCUGUUCGUUAUGUUCUGAUUUUAUGUGGGGACUUAACAAACAAGGAUACCAAUGUCAGUUAUGUUCUACAGCUGUGCACAAGAAAUGUCACGAGAAGAUUAUCAUGCAUUGUCCAGGAUCGGCUAAGAACACGAAGGAGACUAUAGCGCUGAAAGAGCGAUUCAAAGUGGACAUUCCGCAUCGAUUCAGGACUUAUAACUACAAAAGUCCAACAUUCUGCGAUCAUUGUGGAUCGAUGCUUUAUGGAUUGUUCAAGCAAGGAUUGAGAUGUGAAGUAUGUGGUGUUAAUUGUCAUCACAAAUGCGAAAAGUUGAUGUCUAACCUAUGCGGAGUGAAUCAGAAGCAAUUAUCUGAGGCACUGUACGAGAUUAAGCGAGGCACAGCAGCAAGUUCGAGUUGUCCACCAAAUAUUGGUGCCCUCCAUAUUGGAAACGGCGACUCGAAACCCCCAUCAAAUGGCAGUCUACCGAAUAAGUUGAGGAACUUCUUCAAAACACAGCAGUACAGCAUGGAGAACCAUGCUGAGCAUGACGAGUACAUGAACAAUAUUUGGACGGGCGGUGAUGGUCCCGUGAAGAAGUUUGGAUUGCAGCAUUUUCAUUUGAUGAAAGUCCUCGGUAAAGGCAGUUUUGGAAAGGUUAUGCUCGUAGAGCUGAAAGGAAAGAGCGAGUAUUACGCGAUGAAAUGCCUGAAGAAAGAUGUGAUUCUUGAAGACGACGACACAGAAUGCACUUAUAUCGAACGACGGGUCCUAAUCCUCGCCAGCCAAUGUCCCUUCCUCUGCCAGUUGUUCUGCUCAUUUCAGACAAACGAGUACCUAUUUUUUGUGAUGGAAUAUCUGAACGGCGGUGAUUUAAUGCACCAUAUUCAACAAGUUAAAAAGUUCGAUGAGAAUCGAACAAGGUUCUACGCUUGCGAGAUCAUCGUCGCUCUACAGUUCCUCCAUUCAAAUAACAUCAUUUAUCGAGACCUAAAAUUGGACAACAUCCUUCUGGAUUCGGAAGGUCAUGUGAAACUGGCAGACUUUGGUAUGGCAAAAACGGAGAUGAAUCGAGAAAAUGGUAUGGCUUCGACAUUCUGCGGUACUCCCGAUUAUAUCAGCCCCGAGAUCAUCAAGGGACAAUUGUACAACGAAGCUGUGGACUUCUGGUCGUUCGGUGUUCUGAUGUAUGAAAUGCUUGUUGGACAAUCGCCAUUCCAUGGUGAAGGAGAAGACGAGUUGUUCGACUCGAUUCUCAACGAGCGGCCAUACUUCCCGAAAACGAUUUCGAAGGAAGCGGCGAAAUGCUUGAGCGCACUCUUUGACCGUAACCCUAACACCCGACUAGGAAUGCCCGAGUGUCCGGACGGUCCAAUUAGGCAACAUUCGUUUUUCCGCGGAGUCGACUGGAAACGAUUUGAAACCCGACAAGUCCCGCCUCCUUUCAAGCCUAAUAUUAAAUCUUCCUCUGAUGUGUCGAACUUCGAUGAAGACUUUACGAACGAGAAAGUAGCGCUAACCCCCGUACAUGACAAAUCGCUCUUGGAAUCAAUAGAUCCAGAAGCUUUCCUGAACUUUUCCUAUACAAAUCCUCAGUUUCUUAGUUGA